AUGUUGUUCAAUAACCUUCUCUCGGCGGUCGCUGUGUCUGCUCUUGUGUCGUCAGUCAUUGGCACCGCGUCACGCAACUCGGCGCUGCCAAAGAGACCUCAUGUUGAAGCUGCUCCCUAUGGCACAGGAAAAGCCUUUCCUGCUUCUCCCGCGCGAUCUCGUAAGGACUUCUGUUAUGUCAACGCGGGUAAGGGCAAGAAUGUCGACGAUGCUCCUCGCAUUCUGAAAGCAUUCAAGAAGUGCAACAAAGGUGGCACAAUUGUACUGGAUCAAAAGUACAGCAUUGCCUCGCCACUUGACUUGACCUGGCUCGCUCAUGUCGAUGUCAUCAUUACUGGAGAGGUUAACUUCAAGUCCGACCCGUAUUACUGGGCAGACCACAGUUUCAAAUAUGACUUCCAGAACAUGUCCUCGUUCUGGAAGAUAGGUGGCAAGGACAUCAAUAUUUAUGGCGACCUAACAAAGGGGGCGUCUCUGCUUGAUGGCCAUGGGCAAGCUUAUUGGGAAGAGAUGGCUGUCAAUAAGACUCUACUGAGGCCAAUCCUGUUGACGAUUGAGGACGCACAUGGUCUUACCAUGUCAAACCUGCGAAUGCGCAACCCACCCAAUUGGUUCAACAUUAUCAUCAACAGCACCGAUGUUUUGAUCAGUGACUUGGACCUCGAAGCCAAGAGUUUAAAUGGCGUCAAAAUCGCCAACUCUGAUGGUUGGGACACAUAUCGCUCCGACCGCAUUGUUAUCCAAGAUUCCGUCAUCAACAACACAGACGUUGUGCAGAACCUCGUGUGCAAUGGCUCUCAUGGUAUCAGUGUUGGUUCCCUGGGCCAGUACAAGGGUGAGACCGACAUCGUGGAGAAUCUUUACAUCUACAACAUUUCCAUGUCCAAUGCCAGCGACGGUGCUCGAAUCAAGGUCUGGCCCGGCGUUGAGACUGCUUUCCAGAGUCUGUUGAACGGCGGCGGUGGUCUCGGCCGUGUCAGAAACGUGACAUACGAUACGUUCUACCAUGAGAACAACGACAACGCUAUUACCAUUACUCAGUGUUAUGGCCAGAAGAACCAGACUCUAUGCAACGAGUUCCCGGCAAACUUGACUAUUGAGGAUAUCACCAUGAAGAACUUCUGGGGAACAGUUUCAACGAAAUACGACCCACGAGCUGGAUCUCUUGUUUGCAGUGCACCCGAUCGUUGCAGUAACAUUGUGGCUGAGGACAUCAGAGUCCAGGUUCCAAGCAAGAAGCCGCCGGUCUAUGACUGUCAGAACAUCGACACGAGCACCUUGGAUAUUACAUGCCGAGACCCAACCAGUGCCAGGGACACAACAAAUGGAUAG